AUGUCACUGCUUCUCUUUCAGCUGUUGGUGCUCUCAUGUCUUGGAGCCACAGAGCCAGACAGAGAAUCACCACAAAAGAAAAGCAGAAGGACAUUCCAGCACCUCCUCUAUCUGGACAAAAAACUGCUUCAAAGUCAGAAUUCUCAUGAGCUGGCAGGAGCAAACCCAGUAGGUGUUGAGGAAACCUUGGGCGAACCAAGCUUUUUUGUAGCAAUUCCACAGACGUCAUCUAAAAAUGAGAAGCAAGAGGAGAAAAAAAAGUCCAGAUUCGUCCUUCCUAAUACAAAACUCCAUGUAGAACAAGGCCUGAGAACCUGGGCAGCACCCAGAGAGAUCUCUUCUCUGGAAAACUUCUCUCCAUCUCCUUUUUCCAGCAAGAGGGAGGUUGAACCUUCCUAUAGAAGAGAUGCCAAGAAAUUUUGGGACCACUUCAUGUUAAAGAAAAAUUCAGCAUCUGAAGAGGUUGUCCUGCCAAUCAAGACCAAUGAAAUGCACCAAGAAAACUGCAGAACCCUGCCUUUUUCCCAGGGUGUUACUCAUGAGAGCUGUGAGAAGGUGAUGGUGCAGAAUAAUCUGUGCUUUGGAAAAUGUAGUUCCUUCCAUGUUCCUGGUUCAGAAGAUCAUCUUUAUAUGUUUUGUUCUCAUUGCUUGCCCAGCAAGUUCUCCAUGAAGCGCCUGGAUCUCAACUGCACUGGUUCUGUUCCAGUGGUCAAAGAAGUCAUGAUUGUGGAAGAGUGUAAAUGUGAGACUCAGAAGAUUAAAGGCCCUGCAUUUGGAUCUCUGCCGUCAGACUUGCAUGCAAAUGUACAUCAGCACAAUUAA